UUGGCUAUUCACCUACUUGGUGAAGAGCUACCACAGCAGCCACCUAGGGUUACGGCAGGGAUACUCCUCCACCUCCUCGUCCUCUUUCUCCUCCACCGCAUCUCCGCGCGCCCUUGUCCUCUCAUCAAAUUCAUCCUUCGUAACCCUUGGGAAGUCUCCGGGGGGGAUAUCCACCUAUCCCCACAAAAGACUUCGUGGCAUGCUGCUCAUCCCACCUCGUGCGUGCCGUGUUCUGGACGAUCCUCGCCUUUACACGUCUGCACGAGGAAUUCCGCACCCCCGAUGCCCAAAACACGCCUGGCACUUCCAGACCAGAGACAACCUCCCGAGGCCUCAUCCCCAGCUAGGCGUCUCUGACUAUCGAGUGCAAAACUUGACGAAUAGUCCGCAUUGCCCGGCGACCGCCGUCACAGCCCCAAAAUCGCGAGACCCGCACACACACACACACGAUCGUAGAUACCAUGUGUGGUGUGCGGACGGGACACAAGCCUCAAGCCUGUAUGUAUCCGUAGUCUUGUUCGGUCCUUCUGAAACCGAAGAGCUCUCUCUCUUUCUCUCCUUCUUUAAACCCCUUCUCUCCUCCCCAAAACACAGUGGGGGUGUAUUCGCACAGAACACAUGGUGUUCCCACGUGGUCUCAGAUCGUGGCCAAGCUGAGUUGUGGAGAAGAAAUUGCGCAUUUCGUCCUUUCCUCGCUCUCGAGACUCCCAAGGCAAAGAGCACGGCUAUGAGCCCGGUCCGAUGGUGUGUCCCGAGAGGACACUCAUUGUCAAUAGAAUGCGUUUCGACGGUGAAGCAUGCUGAUAGAGCAAUUCAGCUUCUCCCGUACUGGAAAAGUCAGUGCCAAGACAAGGAGGAAUAGCGAAGGCGGAAUGGCGCCGCGAAUCGAGAUCCGUAUUUUGUCUCUGGGCGAUGACGAAAUG